GAGGAGGAGGCGGCACGGGUGCUGUUUCUCCAGUCUCUUUCCCCUGUCUUUGUCUCACACACUCUUUUGUUAGCCAUGCCUAGCCUGCUGGUUCUAGCAGGGAUCAUGGAGAAAAAUGGGGGCUACGGCAGGGAUCUGGCCGGCUCCGGCUUCGGAAGCGAGGGUCUCCUUGUGCCGCCCGACGAGGAGGAAGACGACUCCCGUGCCCUCAGGGUCGCGCUGGGCCAGCUGUCUCUGCUGGGGCUCGGGGAAGGCGAGGACGGCGGCGGAGCCCCAACAACAGGAGUACAGGACCGGAGCAACAAUAACAACAACCACCACAACCACACGAACAGCGGCGGGGACACGGCGAUUCUGCAAGGCAAGAGCAAGUUGUGCGCCCUGUACGAGAGCUCCUCAAGUGAGACGAAAGGACGAGGCUGCAACAUAACAGAAUGCGUCCCAGUGCCCAGCUCUGAACAUGUGGCCGAGAUAGUGGGGAGACAAGGUUGCAAGAUCAAAGCCUUGCGGGCCAAGACCAACACCUACAUCAAAACCCCCGUCAGAGGAGAGGAACCUGUGUUCUUAAUCACUGGCCGCAAGGAGGACGUUGCUCUGGCCCGUCGUGAAAUCAUCUCUGCUGCAGAGCACUUCUCCAUGCUGCGGGCGUCCCGCAACAAGCUGGGAGUGUCUUUUAGCGGCUCCCCGCCCACACCUUUGCCAGGUCAGACCACCAUUCAGGUGAGAGUGCCAUACCGUGUUGUCGGGCUGGUGGUGGGGCCUAAAGGCUCCACCAUAAAACGCAUCCAGCAGCAGACCUGCACUUACAUUGUCACUCCGAGUCGAGACCGCGACCCGGUCUUUGAGAUCACAGGCUCCCCGAGUAACGCCGAGCGGGCCCGCGAGGAGAUCGAAGCACAUAUCGCCUUUCGAACGGGAGGCCUGCACGACCACAACAACGAGAAUGACUGUCUGGGCCCGAAUGGUGGAAGCAGCCCGGCGGGCAGCAGCGGUGGUCUGGAGAGCCGGCUACAGCAGGUGUGGGGGCUGCAGGGGGGCCAGCGCAAGCCACUCACCAGCAGCUACCGCCAAAACUUCUCAGAUGCCAUGGUUGGAGGAGGGGGAGGAGGUAGCGAGGGAGGGGGGAUCUACAACAAAGGCAACUUCUCCAGCUCUGGAGAGAAGCCCUGCUCUUAUUUUGGAUCUGACGGUACCCAGAGCUGGGGUGACCCCGACUACCCCAAACAGGUGGCCUUCUACGCCCAGCAGCGCUCCAAAAGCUUCGGAGGCCUCCCGCUGCCCCUAACCAGACUCUCCCCUGGCUUACCCGAGUCCUGUGGAGGCGGAACCACCAACAACUCUUCAGUCACCAGCAUUGUGCCCAUAUCCGGCUCACCUCACGCCCAGGCCCGCCGCGCCCACAGCGAGCCCACCUCAGCCGGCGAAGGCUUUCCAGGCCGUCUGCCAGUGCCGGACUCGCCGCCGGCCACUGUGCGGGACUGCAUGACCUGCUUUGAGAGCAAAGUGACGGCUGCCUUGGUGCCCUGUGGCCACAACCUCUUCUGCAUGGAGUGUGCCAUCCGAAUCUGUGAGCUCAACCACCCGGAGUGCCCAGUGUGCCACACCCAGGUCACACAGGCCAUCCGGAUAUUCUCUUAAGGAACCAUGUCAGUUUUUAUCAUUAGUUUUGUCAGUGUUUGUUCAAUAAUUAUUUACUGUUAUUAUGAUUAUUAUUAUAAUACACAUUUUGGUUUUUCAGAAAAUUUAAAAACAAUCAAGCAGAUAUUUUAGAAGGCACUGCUUGCUUUACUAAAAAGUAUAAGAAAUAUUUUUAAGUUUUUCUUUUAUAUAUAUAUAUGCAUAUAUAUUUUAUAAAAGUUUUGUUUAUAAGAGAAGUAUAGUACCUUGCAUUUUCAGUUUUUUGACUGCUGCUGUUUUUCAUUCAUGAAUCACAGUGAAGGCAGAGGUAGACAGUAAUGUGAACAUUUUAUUAUUCAAAUUUUUUAUUUUACCGUGAAGUGGGUUUAUAUUGAAGGAGGAAGAUGAUUGUUGAGGUACCCAGUCUGCACCCGACUAACCCAGAAACUCACUGUUGUUAUUAGAAGGAAAAAAAAAAAAGAUUUCUCAUUGCACCUUACAAUCAUCUUGGUCUAAAAUAGGAUUGUCAAUCAUACCUUGAAAUUUCUGGAGCAGAUGUGAAGGUGAAUUCAGCCUCGAACUGUGAUUGUGAUUUGAUAUAAUUGGUCCAAAAUAUUUUGGCAAAAAUGAAAAUGUGAAUAGAUUGGUUCUAGUCAAAAGAAACAAAAAGCAGACUUUUAUUUUAGAGUCUUAGAAACCAGAUAAUCCUAAAAAAAAGGGAUAGCUCGUUACAUGAUUUAUUUAUACUAAUUGGUGGAAUUUUAUCGGCGUCAUUAAUCACAGAGAUGGAUGAAGGCUGUACAAAGUAUCAGUAAAAGUCUCUUUCCAGUAGCCAUUGAUUAAACUUUGGCCACUGCAGUUUGUUGAAAAGAUUCAGUAAUGCUUGCUCCUCGUGGCACUUGAAAAGCAUGUGGUUCCUUGGUUGGCUUAAAGCACUGAUUUAAUUUGUGAGGCGGAAAGCCUUGGAAUUCAUCCAGUUGGCUGCUUCUCGAUAUCCGUCUCCCCGAUGGACUUGUCUCAAAGCCACCUUAACCGCGCUUUGUUUUGUGGUGGUCAUUUGGCCGAACAAUGUAGGACAAAACACGAGCUCCAGUCAACGAGCGUUUCACUGUAAAUAAGGAAGAGAAUUAGCAUGUGGACAGAAGCCGAGUAAAAAUUGUAAAAGUGUUCCCUUAAUCAGCAGCACAUUAAAAUAGUUGACACUGUAAAAUACAGAGUCCCGAGUCAGUAAUCCCCACUCUUCGUGCCCUCCGCUAACAGCAUUAUGUGCGAGCUCUGAGGGGCCUGCUGUCUCCCCUGUAAUUAGCAAAGCUGUACAGGAGCAGGUGUUUCAUGACACACUGUGGCUGUGACCCCGAGUUCGAGGCCUCGCCUAGCCCCCUUUUCUUUCUCCCUUUUCUUUGGGAGUGGCUUUCAUGUCUCCCCCUUUUUACAGUUCGAUCGCUUGCUUUCGAAGGCGUCUCUCUGAGCGAGGUGUAUUGUCUGGGCCCGGUAACAGCGUGGGCUGCAGAAAGCUCGGACACGGCCUGGAACCACUCAUUCAUAAUUAGGCAAAUGGGCUGGACAAGGUGCGGACCGUGUGGCAGGGUCCCGCGGCAAGCCCCUUACCACCCCACCCCGAUGUUAGCCAGCACAGAGGGGGCUGGACGGUCCGCGUGCAGCUGGGUGAAGAGGGCCCCCCGUCUUCCACUCCCCCUUGCCCAUUCCGCCCCCCUUUUCCUCUCCGUUUCUGCUGCUCCGAGCCAUCCCCAGUGAGGAAAAGGGGGGACUCUUUUGUCCCAAAACACACACACACAAAAUUUGAAUGCUGAAUCUGGCAGCGCCUGUGAAAUAAGGGGAGGCUAAGGAGAGAAAUAAAAAAAAAAUCUACAGUUAUCGGGAGACACGACAGUAACACGUUUUUACUGUUGAUGUGACACAAUUUGAAAAUGUUCACCUGCAAAACACAGAUUUUACCCCCCACCCUUGCCUUCAUUAUCCAGCUGCAGCUCCCUGAAUUUUGGAUGGGGUCCUGUUUGUGUGACGGCACCAGUCCAAAUCGAAAUUUCCACAAAGCUCCCCCGCCCCCUUUACCUCUGGGCUCCCUCCCCAUGUCAGCUCGCUACUGUAUGGGACAUCCUGCAACUGCCCCUUCACUAUGGACACCGAGAUUUCAGCCCCCCUCCCCCCCUCACUUGUGUUAAGCUUCCAGAAUGAAAUCAGACAAUUGUAAUUGACAGAAAAGCAGAGGAAACGCCCCAUUUAACUAGCACUCAUGCUGAAUCAAAUUACACACCCUCUGCGUCUGCCUUAGCCCCAGCCUGGGGAUUUCGGAGGGCUAGAGGAGAGCGGAUGGGGGGUAGGGAUUAAAGCUGUUGAAUGAUGGGGGUGGAGGGGUUUCAUUUUGGUUGGAGAAGGAGAGAAGUAGGCUCCAAAAAACACGAGACCCUGCAGAUCGUGCUGUUUUAUUGAUCGUUCGACUCUUUCAGCGAGCUGUUGUCACAUGUGCGCCAUGCGUGGUGACGACGGUGAUUCAGCAGGCCUCUCUCAGAUCGCACCGGAGAACAAUUAAAACUCGGCUUCCGUCUCAAAUAAAAAGAAAAACCCGAUUAAAAAUAUCAAAUUGUGUCUUCAGGCCACAGAAGGCCUUUCCUUUAAAAACAAACAAAGAACAACACACAAGGCAGACCACUCGCAUGAGGUGUGGACUGCAGGGAAAGCACUGUACUCGGGGGAAACCCUGAAAUCUGUCAGACGUAGGAACAAAGAAUAGUUAGGAUUUUAUGGAUGGACAAGUUGCACAGUGGUUUGGCCUAAGCUUUCAACGUCACAUUCAAAGCAGUAUGACACUGUUCUUUGAACUUCGUAUUCUGUUUUUUAAAAAUGUUUUAUUUUCUGCCUUAAUAUUUUUUAUGAAAUAUUGCCAUUACUUUGGCGUACAAGGUAGCAACUUUGGCCUUUGAUUAGGGGUGUAAUAAUUCUGAGAGUGCGAUACAAACGAGUAUCGCGUCGCAGCUCCAUCUUCCCAUACUGUGAUGCCCACGUGGAGCUGAUAACGCCUAGUUUCGUUUUUUGUGAUCCAAUGGUCACUAGCAAAAAGAAAAAAACCCAUCCCCCUCCCCCCGUUUUUUGGCAUCUGCCCUCGAACCGAACCGUGAUUUUGGAGAAUUGUUACACCCCUACAUUUGAUACUACUGCUACUCCCUAAAACAACCUUUAAAGUACUUAUUUUUGGAGAAAAAAAUAAGAAUGUGAAUCAAACUGCUUGGGUGGGGGAUUAAAGGGAUUCAGGAAAUUAGGCUUUUUAAACACAUUACAUCAAAUACAGAGUAAAGCACCUUAUUACAAAACACACGCAUCUGAUUAAUACCAAACCGACCGCUGAUGGUGAAAUAUAUUUCAUAGAAUCUGAAAGACAUGCACAUAAGGAUUCCCUAUCAUUUUUGUUCAUUGUGUUAUGGUGGUUCUUGUUAUUCUUAAUACUACAGUAGUACUUAGUGGCAAUUUGGGAGACCUCUCAUCCAUUCAGUCAAUGCUGUUGACUUUUGUUUCGAGUUUUGCACUGGUUUAAUGAAGAGAGGGCUUAUUGGAGAUUCUCCCAGUUUAGACGCUGUACAACUUAAUGAGUACUUUUAAAUGGGAAGGCGCUCUGAGCAUCUAUGUAAAUACAGUAUGUGUAUCAGUUACAAACAUCCAGACAAAAGCCUGCUUCGAGUGAGCUUUGGAUUAUUUUUUACAAAGUGUCGAUGUUUUAGCGUAAGGAAUUCAAAACGUUUGAGUUUAGGGAGAGUAAAUCUUUUAUAUAUGCGUCCCAUCAUCCCAUUUACUAUAAUAGUAUAUUAGAUAGAUCCAUACAUACGUGUAAGAAUAUUAUUUAAACUUAGUAUUUCAUCCAAAUAUAUAGAUGAAAAGUUAACCAGACACUACGUUAUUAUGAAGUCGCUGAUGUAUAAAUCCAAUCUCCAAUAAAAACUCAAAUGAAUAGUAUGUGUAUUAAGCUAACCCCUAAUGAAGAAAGAAAUCUGUAUGUAUAUUAGGACGAAAAGCAAUAAUAGGACUAUACUGGGACAAUAAACAAGAGGAGCCGGCUCAGUUCUUUAAAAAAAAUAAAAUAAAAUUAGGAUAAUAACAGUAUAUUCUGUCUUAUAUUUGCUUCAAUCUCCUUAUAGAUUAAUGUCAGUGUAGAAACACAGGCGUGAUGAAUUGGUGACAGCUUCGGAAUAAGUAAUUGCUCUUGUUGUGUUCAUCAUCAGGGUCAUUUGUUAUUUGGAUAAUCAAUCAAUCCUCAGAAGCACUGAAAACUGUAGAUUCUGCAACGUGGAGGAAAUCUCACUGUGUGUAAAAAUGACAAAAGCGUCCGGAGCACGAACAGCACGAGGUCUGACCUGUUAGUGAAAGAGCAGCAGCUGCUGGCUGAACUUGGGACAGGCUCGUGUGUGAGGGCUUUGGUCGCAAACAGAGCGAAUGAACAAACGGCAGUGAGACGGGACACGCUGUCUACACGUUUAGAUUUUUUACACUUGAUGCUCUUUUUUAAAGUCUAUACGGGGCAGGCGUAGAACUCACAGCAUAUCCUGAGAUGACUUUUGUUUACAUUGUAAUAAGUUCUGGCUCUGUUUGUUUUGCACCGCCCGCUUUUCAUUUGCAUUAUUUUUGAAAGGAAAAAAAAAAAAAGAGGGUCAGACAUAGCCAAAGAACAAAAAUACAAGGAGAGCUAACUUAUCAUUUAACUUAUUUUAGAAUAAGAGUUUACUAAAUGAAGAAUAAUCUCUAGUUAGUUUACCCAAAAGCCCAAUUAAUCGAUAUCGGUGAAAACGAAGGCAUAUCGUGUUUCAGUGUCGUUGGAUUAAUACUACAGAGACACCACUAAGAGACUUACUUCUCCCCAAAGAGAGCAGCUUAAAGCACAUCCUGGCACUUCCUCAGUCUUUUGUGUAGUUUUUCUAUGAGUUUGGUUGUUGGGAAGAGGAAAAAAAAACCCAGUUCAGGGAUUUUCUUAAUCUUUCUGAAAAAAACUAAACAAAACUUUGCCAAUCUUGUGACAAAAAGGUAAAAAAGAAAAUUCAAGUAGAUGGAAAGAAUCGUGCGGACACUGACAAACCAGCAGAAAUUCACAGCGUACGGGAUUACGCGUUAGUUCAGAGAGCCAUUCGCCGUAUCCUGAAGUUUAACUGCAUGCUAGUAAAAAUAUAGUACAAUAGGUAAGAUUUAUCAGAAAGGAAAAGUUAAGAUAAAGGAUUCAUCAGCCUGAUACCUGGAGUGUAUAAAAAGCUUUAAGACCUUAAAGUGAGCAUUGGUUUAAAGUCGUAUAUUUACCGUGUAGUUUAACUAAGUGAUACAUAGUUUAAUUAUGAUUCUUAAGAUUAUGCUAAAGUGUAAGUUUCAUUUGUCCAGCUCACCCAGUAUGAAAGACAUUUUAGCCAAGCGGAGGUACAGAGGGGUGGGGGCGACUCCCGUGAGAUUUGAUUCAUUAAGUUCUUGUUAGUAUUAUUUACAAUAUUGUAUUAAGCUUACUAUUAUAGUAAUGGUAGAAACUGUUGAUGUUUUUCUUCUCUUGAUAUAAAAAGGUCUUUAUGCAUUUAUGUAGAAUCCCUUUUAAGGAGUGAUAGGAAAUCCUUAUUUUCAAUGGAUGCACUUAAACAGUUGUACCAACCUGUCUAAAUCACACAUUGAGCAAGCAAUGCAUUUGAAUGUAAACGAAAAAAAACAACAAAAAAAAGGAACAAAAAAACCUUAAUGCACUCCUUAUCUCUUAGUCAGUUUUGCAAGUGAGCUUUAAGUUUGUUUGUUUUUUGGACAGAAUUUGCAACAGCUUUUUUUCAACGUAGACUAUAUUUGAGUUCUUCCACAUACAUUUAUAGAAAGUAACUUAAAAUGAAUAAAAAAACAUAUUACAGUUUCUCAAAUCUAUUUUGCUAACAUGGGUUAUUAUUUCAUAGAAAGCAGAGGAAAAAAGUCAGUAUCUGGAUGUUAUUUAUGAAAAGUAAAAAAAAAAAAAAAUGAAGCAACAUAUUUAUGAGUAACCUCAAGACAUUUUGUUUUUUAAUUAAAAUUACAAGAAGUUAAUAUAUUUCUAAACACAGGGAAGUCAGUUUCUACUAAUAAGUAAAAAUGAGAAAAGAUGUUUAGAAGUUUUAUUUAUGAAAGUUACGGGAAUGCGUUUCGUCCGUUUACUUCGUGGUGAAUGACGUGAAUGGAGCGAGAGUUCUCCGUAGCUUAAAUUUUAACUUCAGACAUGCACUAUUUCAACACCAGUGCAUUCACAAUGGAAUAAUUACAGAAAAUAAUAUAAUAUUUUUUAGAAUUUGGAGAUAUUUUAGUCACAGAGCAUCAAUUUUGUGCCUCAAUUCUAUAUUUUUCCUGCAUCAGCAUUCUUUGUGUGGUGCUGCUUGCUGUAACCCCCUUCUCCCCUCUUCAACUAACCCCAUGUUACUGACUGAAACACAUUACUCAUUUCCUCUGUAAUCUAAACUCGCUUUUACUUAUCAAAUGUUUAAAAAAAAAACAAAAAAAAAAAAAAAAAAAAAACACGUUACAACUGCAGCGCUUGGGAUGAAUGAGCAGCUGUGACCCUCUCGCCAAUAGGGCCACACACAACUUGUACACACUUUCAUUCAUACUUUUUCUACAUCUGCUACUCAGACAGUUUGAGAUCAACGACGAAGGAGCAAAGCUUUCUCUUAUGGGUUAACUAGGUGAAGUUCAAGUGGCAGCAUCUAGGAGGGGACAACAGUGCACUGUGUAGUAGAUCUAUGUAACUAGAUGCACACAUAUACACACACACACACACACACACACACACAACAGAUUCAUUACCGUGCUAGUUUGCAUGUAUGUUGUAUGGUCACUUAGAUGGGAGAAAUGGUGCAGGCCUGACUAACACUUGGGCCAUUUCUCCUCUGUAGAUUUUCAUAGUUGGAGCCUCUUUGGAAAGUGGAAAGUUGACUUGAGUUUGGAGCCAGACAAAGUCCAUUUCAGUCCCCACGUCAACGUUCCGGGUUCCCCGUUUAGUGAUGAAAGAUUGCUUGUGACACGCAGGAAUUAACUCAAAGUUCUUGGUUUGUAAAAGACACGAUAGUUUUAAAAACUUGGCAAAAAUGAUGCACGUUUUCUGCUGCAUGUAGAGGUCGGGGACUGAAGUGGCGCUCGCUGGUGAAACUCGCAACCGUUUCCAGAGAGGCCGAUGCAGUCUGACAGUUUGUCUUUGGUAGCGUUUCCAAUUUUUCCAGCACAGUAGAAGUGUUUCAUACCGGUCUAAUAGUGGUUGUAGUGCAUUAGUUUUUGGGCCAGCAUCAGCUGGCAAUAGUUUCUGGUUUCUCUGUGAACAGUGAAGGAGGGCUGCCACUGCGGCCCUCUGUGGCUGACCGUCAACUUUGAUGGAUGGGAAAAAAAAUAAAUAAAAAAUAAUAAUAAAGAAGUCUUUGAACUCUGUUACAGUGUGCCAUGCCCUACAAGGCAUGUGAUAUUGCAGGUUUAUUUCUUAUAGCACAUGUUUUUUUGUGAAUUACAUUUUUUGGAGACAUUUUUAUUAUUAUAAUUAUUAUUAUUAUUGUAUCUGCGCCAUGUUAGUUCUGGUUCUUUGUUAUUUUUUCAAGAUUCAAGAUGUAUUGUAAAUGUUUCUAAUAAAACAAAAAUGAAAUGAC